AUGACCCCACCAAUCGAGAUCCUGGUGCACGUAUCCGGCCCCAGCGGUGGGGCAGACGAUGCAAGGUAUAGGAGAGAGGCAUUAGCAUUUCUGCACUUUGACAUUGCCAACACGCAUACGCUGCUUAGACAAAGAUCACGCGCACCAAACUUAGUGGAGCAGACGCGUUCACAUGCGGGGACAAGCGACGCCGACAAGGGUCAAUCCCAAGGAGUACCGGUAGUCCAGGAAGCCAGGACAUCCUCCCGAACAGAGAAAGCUGUCCAUAAGUCAAGAGCCCCAGACUGGCCUGAUCGACUCCCAUCUUGGAGGCCUCCAAGAUACCCCAGGCCUACCGCUUCUACUCUCCCAUGGACAACCACAAAGCAAACCCCGCACCUCCUCAUCGAGCGCACUCCUGCCCUGCCUCGUCCUCGAACAGCCCCCACACCAUCCACUUCCUCUCAAGCGCCUCGUCUCCGCCGCUCACAAUCAGACAGCUGGCACACACCUCCCAGCGUGAUUCCAGAUUCUCAACCUACACCCCCUUCCUUAGGACCGCCCGAGAUAUCCAGCUCUCCCUACCUCAAGCGCCCUUUUGCGUCCAGCUCGCCCUCUCCGACGCGACGUGCUUCGCCGCCAACCGCAAAGCGGCCGCGGCUACAGGUACCUUCUUCGCCGCCGUCUGAAGACCCACCAGUCGAGGCACGACCUCCAGCGACCGCACCCUUCUCCUCGCCUCCAAGCACAAAACGUCCGCGCCUGGAGGUACCUUCUUCUCCGCCCCCCGAGAACCCGGCAGUUGCGGCACGCUCUCCAGCGUUCGCGCCCUCCUCGUCGUCACCAAGCGCCGAUGACCCUCCGGGCUCUCCUCCACCGCCACACGACACACCGCGGACGCUUGAAAUACAUCCACCUCGCCCCAAGCCCUCGAACAGCGCUUUCGAAACCCAUCUCACAUACUCCCUCACAAACAUCGCUACGAGACUCCCACUGGCAGACUUCUUCCAGCCCGUCAAAUCCACACGGACGCCCAGAGUUCUAGAGCGCGGUCACUGGCUCGUGCCAAUCAACCGCUGGGAUGAAAAGCUGAAAAGGGAUUUCUGGGACUACCUGACCACAUUCGUCGGUCGGGGGCAAGCCGGGUGGGGCACUUGGUGCGUAUGGGAAACUCAAGAACCGAUCCGCGCCAAAGACGGCGACAAGGAAAAUCAAACACCGCAGCGCAGGGAGGUCGUGAAGGUUUAUUGCUGGGGCGAAGUGGUUGGCGAGAUAUGGCUGUUGCUGUUUAUAGCCAGUACGAGGAACGUUAAGAGGAUUGGUGCGCAGUGGGUUGAUGCGGGUGGGGUGGCGGUUGUUUUCAUGAAAGAUGACGAGGGUGGCGGUAUCGUGACGAAAUUAUGA